AUGGGGAAAGAAGGUAAUAGUGUAAAUGCAAUUAGGAGGGGAACAAAGCAUCCCACCUAUAUAGGUGUGAGAAAGAGAAAGUGGGGAAUGUGGGUAUCAGAAAUCAGAGAGCCUAGGAAGGAGAAGAGGAUAUGGCUUGGCUCAUUCCCCACACCAGAGAUGGCUGCUCGUGCACAUGAUGCAGCUGCAUUUGCCUUAAGAGGCAAGUCAGCCAAUUUCAAUUUCCCUGAAUCGAUUAACUCCCUUCCAUGCCCUGCAACUUCUUCCACAACAGAUAUUCAGGCUGCUGCUCUGCAAGCUGCAUACUCUUCUUCUGAAGACCAAGAGAAGCAAGAAGGACCACAUCUGUGCUCCAACAUCAACAGUGAUGAUAACAGCAUUGGUUUACAUGAGUCAGAGCCUACUAUACACAAUCAAUCUGAAUCCACUGAUAUUGUAGAAACUGGAAGCAAAAACAAUGAGAUCGUGGAUUCCUGGCUGGAUUGGCCAAACUUGCUUAUGAAUAUUGCAGAUGGAGUACAGAUCGGAUCUUCUCUUCUCUUUCAUAACCCAUUUACUGGAAAAGAAGACCAAGAUCACCAUUUUACAUCUCUUUGGGAUUUCACUUAG